CCCGGCUAACGCCGGUUUGGUCUCAUGUCUAGGCACUCUUCUUUUCGCUUCUCUUCCACGGUCGUCAACGUUGCCCUUGUGUUGUCCAGCUUGUUGCCUUUCCUCCCUCAAAACUUGCAAUGGCCUCUCGUCUUUUCACCGUCCUUGCUGCUGCUUCUGCUCUCUUUGGAGCUGCAUUUGCGGAUUUGAAAGUCACCUCGCCCAGUGCUGACAUCUGGUGGGUUGCACAGUCGACAAACGUUAUCGCAUGGUCUUGCAAUGACUCUCCGUACUCUGAAUUUACCAUCCUGAUUACGAACCCGGACACCAGCGUUCUCACUUCUGCUCUGGCCAUUGUCGCUAUCGAGCAGAACUAUGAUUGCUCCAAGGUCCUGACUCAACAACAAGUCAGCAUGCCUGCUGCUACUGGGUAUGUUCUCCAGCUUGCGAAUCCCCUCAACAGCAGUCAAGUAUACGCUGCAUCCGAGCCAUUCGAAAUCAAGGCUCUGGGAGCUGCCUACCCAUCUUCUUCUGCUGCCGUCGAAAGCGCCACCGGCUCUCUCGCCGCUGCUUCUGCCUCUGCGGCUUCCGCUUCUGCUUCUGCUUCAGGCAAUGCUGGAUCCAACUUGAAGACGUCCCUUGGAUUUGGCUUGGGUGCAAUUGGUGCCAUCCUUGGAUUGGUGACCGUUUAAAGAGACUCGGCGACUGACAUUUUUUUCGGGUUGGACACUUUCUACUGACAUUAUACCAAAUUUCCAGUUGCUGUUACAACGUACUUUAUGCCUAUCCCUUGAUUUCCGCUCCUUUUCCCUGUUCAGGUAUUUACAUGUGCCCCAUGACAUUCAUACGUACCUGCUUCAUAUACACCCGUUCCAAUUACCCCCCAGUUGAUGUAUACGUAUAACAUCUCAUCAGUGUUUGUAUGUCAUUUGGAUGUCCUCCCAAUUAUAAAUCACGACUGAUUGCCUAUCGAGGGAU